AUGGUCUGCAGGCAGCUGGGCUGCGGCCGGGCCGUGGGCGCCCCCAAGUACGUCCCGCUGCCCGGAGAGGCGGUGCAGCCCUGGCUCCACAACGUGUCCUGCCGGGGAGACGAAGCCUCCCUCUGGGGGUGCGGCCUGGGGGCCUGGACGAAGAGCAAGUGCCCCUAUGAGUGGGUGGUGGUGGCUCUAUGUUCCAACGGCACUUUCCGGGAGGUACGGCUGGUGAAGGGCCGGAGCCCCUGCGCAGGGCUCCCUGAGAUCAGGAAUGUGAACGGGGUGGACCGCCUCUGUGGCCUGCACCGGGAGGAGGCCACGGUGUUCUGCCAGGAGCUGGGGUGAGGCCCUGCCCUGCAGGUCCCC